AUGGCCCAGUUCCAGCUAGCGGUCCUGCUGGCCGUGCAUCAACCGCAGCAACGCCAGCAGCAACAGCAACAGCAACAGCAGCAACAGACCGAUCCCCGGUACAAGCAGAUUCCGAUCGUCAACGUCGAGAACGUGCUCGAAGUGGAUGGCAAGUUCCGGUACAGCUACGAGGGUGGUGAUGGGACACGGGCCGCCCAGGACGGUCAGCAGAUCGUGGUUGGCAACCAGGUCGGCACCGCCUCGCAGGGACAGUAUACCUACCAGGGUGACGAUGGCAAGACCUACUCGGUGACGUACAUUGCCGACGAGAACGGGUACCGGCCGGUGGGAGAUCAUCUGCCAACGCCACCACCGGUUCCGGUGGCGAUUGCUCGGGCCCUCGCCCACCUGGCCACCCUGCCACCGCCGAAGAACGACGUUUCGAAGAUGAAGUGUAUUGUACUGUUGGCGGUAGCCUUGGUCGGUUGCGCCGUCGCGCAGAACGCGGUGCCCAACGAUGGGCGCUACUAUCCGGAGUACUACGAGACCAAGUGGGACGAUGGACGCUGGCGCCCGGACCGUCGCGGCCAGUGGAACGACGGCUCGUACAAGGCGGGUGGAGCGGGUGGAGCGGGUGGAGCGGGCGGUAAGCAGGGCGGCUCGGGCGGAUUCGGUGGUGCCGGCGGCAAGGGUGGUGCGGCAGGAUUCGGUGGUGCCGGUGGCUCGGGAGGAUUCGGUGGUGCCGGUGGCUCGGGCGGAUUCGGUGGUGCCGGUGGCUCGGGAGGUUUCGGUGCUGGUGGUGCUGGCGGUGCUGGCGGUGCCGGGGCUACUGGUAGUCGGUUUGGCGGAGCCGGAGGAGCCGGGGGAGCCGGAGGUGCAGGAGGAUUCGGUGCCGAUAACUCGCUGGCCGGAGGAUUCGGUGGUGCCGGUGCUGAUGGAUUCGGAGGUGGUGCUGGUGGCGCUGGAGGUGCUGGGGGCGCUGGUGGUGCUGGUGGUCUGCGAGGAUCGGUUUCGGGCGGUUCCGGCUCCGGAAAGGGUGGCGCCCACGGAAGCGGUGCCGACGGCGACUACGUGAAGAUCAAGGAGCAGGUGAAACAGUUCAACGAGGACGGAUACUACUACAAGUACGCCGGUGCGAACGACAUCGAGGUCGCUGAAGAGGGAAGGAUCGAGAACCGGGGCACCGACGAAGAAUCCCUGAGCGCCAAGGGAUACUACGAGUACAUGGGUGACGAUGGCCAGCAGUACCGCGUCGACUACAUCGCCGAUAAGAACGGAUUCCAGCCGACCGGAAAGCACCUGCCGGAGGUGCCGGAAGCGAUCGCGCGUUCCCUGGAAUACAUCAAGAGCCAGCAGCGGAAGUAA